AUGAAGUUGUCUCUACUCCUCGUUGCAGCGUACGCCUGCAACGCCUCUGCGCGCCUUAAUUGGUCGCUGGCAAAAGUAUCCAACCCCACCGCAGAUCAAGCAGACGCCUACGCCAGAAUCGAAGCGGCAAUGACCAAAGCCGUUGCCCGCUACCACAAAUUCGCAACUGCCAACAAAACCAUUCGCGUCGCCUACGCACCAGGCGUUCCAACAGCCGAAGCAAACUACAACGGCGAUCUGCGCUUCGGCUCGAACCGUGCAUACAUGACAGAACGCACAGCCAUGCAUGAAAUCUCACACACAUUGGGCGUGGGUCAAACAGCAGCAUUCAAUAGCAAAUGUGCAUCGGGAGAUUGGAGAACAGCACUACCAUUGCUCCGGAGCUUUGACGGGGCCAGCGCAAAGAUCAGCUGUGGCGGUAGUCAUUUUUGGCCGUAUGGGCUGAACUAUGAUAACGAGUGGAGUGAGACGAACGCAGACAGACAUGUCAGGAUGGUCCAGGCUAUGAUUAAUGAUGGGAUGUAA